CACAAGCGACACUACAGUAGAAGUGAUCAGGAAGGAAGCGCGCACAUGCUCUCCAAGUCUACAAAGACAAGUUGAAAGAGAUCGAUAAAUACUCAUCAGCGCCAUUAAACACCUCAUCCCCCCGAGGCAAAGUGUCUCUGCGGUCCCUUCUCAUGACCCUCCAUUCUGUCUCCCCUGUGCCCGGGUAGAGAUGAAGACUCCGCAGAUCAUCCGAGGUUCACCGGUGCUGCUGCUGCUGCUGCUGACAGGGGUUUGCAUUGACGGGUACAAGCCUGUCAUCAUCGUGCAUGGCAUUUUUGAUGGACCAAAAGAGUUCAAAACGCUGUCUCUUUACAUAACCAAGGUUCAUCCAGGCACUGAGGUGACAGUGAUUGACUUGUAUGACGACCUGGCCAGUCUGAAGCCAUUGUGGAGGCAGGUCCAAGGCUUCAGGAAAUCCAUCAACUCCAUCAUGCAAAAGGCUCCUGAUGGCGUCCAUCUUCUGUGCUUUUCACAAGGUGGCCUAAUUUGUCGAGCACUUCUCUCCACGACUCCAGACCACAGUGUGCACACCUUCAUUUCGCUGUCAUCACCACAGGCGGGGCAGUAUGGAGACACAGAGUACCUGAGGUGGGUAUUUCCUGACUGCAUGAAGAAGAAUGUGUUUCAUAUUUGCUACAACAAGAUGGGACAAAAAGUUUCUAUUUGCGACUACUGGAAUGACCCUCACCAUAGGUCCCGCUACCUGCAGAGCAACAGGUUUCUGUCGAUGCUUAAUGGUGACAGACCUCACAACGACACGAAAGCAUGGAGGGAAAACUUCCUGCGCAUCAAGAAGCUUGUGCUGAUUGGAGGACCAGAUGAUGGCGUCAUCACCCCAUGGCAGUCCAGCCACUUUGGAUUCUAUGACAGCAACGAAAACAUUGUAGAAAUGAGGAACCAGGAGUUUUACAAGAACGACACGUUUGGGCUGAAGAUGCUGGACGCUCGUGGGGACAUGUCGGUGUGUGUUCACUCUGGAGUGAAACACAUUCAGUGGCACUCCAACUUCACAGUGUUCAGGAGCUGCAUAGAGAAGUGGCUCACAUGAAAACAACUCACCUACAGAGUGUGAAAGAUGUUAAUGCAAGGUAUUACUCAACAGAAAUAGACCCUACUGGCUACACACACAGACGUCGUUAUGUUUGUGAAAAUAGCUCAUGCUUGUGCAAGAGAUGUGCAGAUGAUUGAUAUUUUAGAAACAGAAGGAAAAAAACAAUGAUUUACCAAUGACAUUUUCAAAAAACAUUCACAAUCCCUUAGAGAAGAGACCUUAAUGACUUUGGUGAUCCUCUGAUUUUUCCUCUAGCGUCACCAUGAGGUUCACAAAUGUGGUUUUGAGUGAAAUGUUGCAACAACUACUGAUAGAUUGCCAUGACAUUUGGUACAGAGAUUCGUGUUUCCCACAGGAUGAAUUAUUAUAACUCUGGUGAUCCUUUAACAGGUCAAAAUGUUUUAUGACCUUACCAUCAGCCUUUGUGUUUAUUGCCAAUUAGCAAAUGUUAGCAUGCUAACAUGCUAAACUAAGAUGGUGAACAUUGUAAACAUUGUUAGCAUCAGCAUGUCAUUGUGGGCAUGCUAGCAUGUUGGUGUGUGCCUAAGAACAGCCUAACGGUAAAGACCCCCAUUCAUUCUCAUUUGCAUAAAGUUGAAAUUUACCAACUUUAAUUUUCAAUAUCUAUGCAGUAUUUUGCCGAAAAACUGACAACAAAAAAGCGAUGCAGUGGUGGGUAAGAAGGUUUAGUCUUUACGUGCUGAGGAGACAUGACUGUGGAGGGGAAGAUCAUUACUGUACCUUUUAAUGUCUCUGGCCUCCAGGAUCACAGAUACAAACAAAAAUGAAGUGCUGCUUGGCAAAACGUCACGGUAAUUGUUGGAUAAAGUGCUGGUUGCUUAUUUACACAAUGUUUGCUAAUGAGCAAGCUACUGACUAGCUUGCUAGCUUUGACACGCCCACAGUAACAAGAGAGUAGAGGUGGAGGCGAUGUGCGAUUUAAGUGAGUCUUUACCAUUACAGAGCAACUAGCAUGUGUUUUAUUUAUAAGGCAGUAACCAUGCAAAAAUAAAGGUAACAAAAAUAUACAAAAGAAAAAAUUUGUCCAGAUCUAUCCUUGAUUCUUCCCUAAGAAAAAAGAGAUCCAACUAUUGUAAUGUAUUAUUAUUCCUCAUCCUAUUACAAUAACAACAUCUAUAGUUUCUUUCUUUCCCAAACUCUUUAUUAAGAUGGGUACGGACAUGGUUUCCAUAUCUUAAUGUUGUAGUUUUCCUUGAUAGAUUAUAAUGGAUUAUUUCCUUAUGAAGCAUCCCAGUGAGUUCAAUUAACCAAUUUUUAAAUAUUGAGGGUGCAUAUAUAUUUCACACUUUUUAUAUAUUCUGUUUUGCAAUAACCAUGCCAAAUUGUAAUUCCUUUUGCUUCCUGGGAACAUUUGUCUAAUGAGCAUUUAUCAGGUUUUCAGAUGAAACUAAAACAAAUUAGCUAAGGAUCAAGUAGCAUGAAUACUUUUUAUUGGUCCAUUUUGUGUUCAGACUUUAUAUUUGAAACAGCUUUUACAUUUUGUAAAUAUCUGCUUGUUUUUGCUUUCUUCUGAAUAAAAAAAGUCUUUCACACACAACCAAAAA